AUGUCACCUAGAACUAUAACAAGGGAACAUGACGGUUGAUAAACUGAUAUACUCUCAUGUUCAUAUUUCUUUAACAUAACUUAUCAUGGUGCAUUUUUAAUUCCAGAGGGUCAUUGAGGUGUUUUUUGUUCACUUUAAAGAAACAAGCCCGUUUCCGGUGGCUCGCGGGAGCUCGGAUGAAGUGAACAGGGAUUUGUUUUGUUUCUGAAGCGGAGCCGGAAGUAGGAGCUUCAUGGCAGUUGCGCUCUUGUUGAAGAGUUUGAAACAAGGCAAGUUGACAAAUGUGGACUUGUGUGCCUCUCUGUGUCGGGAAUGGGAGAUGAGGUCGGCUGCGUGAAUGUGGCCUCGAAAAAUAUGCUUAGUUUUCCAGGUUCCGACGGAGAAACCGUCGGGAAUGUGUCGGACGUGGCUGUGGAAGUUGGGACGCCAAGCUCUGAUUUUGGAGAGGAUGACGGAGGGGAGGAGAAGGAGCCAAUUGUGGCAGAUGUUUUGGACUUCCAGUACUACAACAACAACGAAAGCAGAGAUAAAGACACGUGUAGAAAAACGUCACCUGUAGAAAUCCUAAGGAGAAAUUUUGGAAUACCUAAAUCAUCUGGUGACAAUCAUGUAGAAACCCCCAGAGAGCUAAACAAAGUCGACUCCAUGUUGGAGAACUUGGACCACCACAGAAGAUUACCUGGGAACCCAAAGACACCAUGUAGCUCCUCUCUCAACGUGGGAGAAGGAAGUCACUCAGAGUUCCCAGAUUUCCUGGAAUUAGAAGAUCCCGAACUUCCUGUGUCCGAAGUAAAUGGUGAUUCCAGAAACUCAGAUGAUCGCUUUCAAUCCAAAGAGCACGUCUACUGCACCGUAUAUUGUAUAGCCAAUGAUAACUAUAGGAAACCUUCAGAUACCACGCUGUCGUCAGACCAUGAAAGUCCAUCGCCUUCAGAUCUGUCUGUUUUACCUCCUACGGACUCCUCAAAUUCAGAUCCAGAUGUAGAACUUGAUCAGUACCCAGAGGCAUACACGUUGAACGACCUUGUAGACCCUCCAAUGUUGAACAAUGUUCUCUACAUGGGUAACAUACUGUUACAGUGUCGUGUGUGUCUUGUUGUCAGAUCCAUCCGUUCCCUGCACUGUUGCAAAAAGCCGGUGUGUGAAGAGUGUAUGAAAACUUACAUCAGUUCUCAGGUUGUCUCAGGCCUUGCAGAGAUUGUAUGUCCAAUCCCAGAGUGCAGUGGAUACCUGGCAGAGAGUGUGGUGCUGGCUCACCUGGCCUCUGAGAAUGUGGCGAAGUAUAAGUACUUCCUGGAGCUUGGCAGACUGGACUCAGGAACCAAGACCUGUCCAAAGUGUAGCUUGUUCACUUCGCUGAAGGGACGCGGCCAGCCAACGCAGAGCAAAGACGAGCCCAAGUACAAGAUCCAGUGCAGUAAGUGCGAGUUGGUGUGGUGUUUUAGAUGCCAUGCACCGUGGCAUGAGGGCUUGAAAUGCCGCGAGUACAGGAAGGGAGACAAGCUGCUGCGUAACUGGGCCAGCGUUAUCGAGCACGGCCAGAGGAACGCCCAGAAAUGCCCCCGCUGCAAGGUCCACAUCCAGAGGGUAGAUGGCUGUGAUCACAUGACCUGCACGCAAUGCAACACCAACUUCUGUUACCGUUGCGGUGAAAAAUAUCGGCAGCUGCGCUUUUUCGGGGAUCACACCUCCAACCUGAGUGUGUUCGGCUGCAAGUACCGUUACCUACCUGAGAAACCGCACCUGCGCCGCUUCAUCCGUGGAUCCGUGUGCGCGAGUAAACUGUUGGUGGCACCAGUGCUCAUUGUCCUGGUGGUGGUGAUCGGAGCCUUGGCUCUUGUAAUAGGUCUGGUUGUAUUUCCCAUUUACUACAUGUGUAAGAAGCAUAAACACCCCAAUGGCAUCAGACGUGAAAUUCGGAUGCUGAUCUGACUCGCUGAUCUGACUCACUGCCUGGGAGAUCACCACCAUGCCAUUUGUGUCAGUCCGGAGGCCUUGUUUACACUUCACACUAACAUGCAUUGUGGAUCUGGAUAUCCAUAUCUAUAUCCAUAUCCAAACAAGCCCCUGAUAUUUAUAUGCAUUCAGACAGCAUGGUGAGAGCUGACUUUCAUUUCUCUCACGCGGUAUAAAAAUAAGAUGGUGAAGUGGAGUUUGGGAGUCAGUCAGGGCAGAGGUUAUACCUGUUUUUUAUUAGGCAGCAGGGAUGCCAACAUUUACAGAUUAGCCGUAGCAACUUUGUAGAGCAAUGCAGGGGAUAUGUGAAAGGUUGAUGUUUCGGCUUUUUUUUGCUCAUCCGGCUGUAGGCCAGGCCAGAUCACAUGUCCAUCUAUCCGUCCAUCCACAAUUUACAAAAAUCGCUAUUCCUCCCACAGGAUUGAUCGGAUUUCAAACUUGCACACAACAGUGGCCAGUAUGAGCUAUAGCCUCAUUGAGGCCCUUUUUUUAUUUUCUUUAUUUUAUUUUUUUAGUUAGAGCAACCAUCAGGCCAAACACAAAUAAAAAUAAAGGAUGCAAAAUGUGGCAGGAUGCAAAAUGUGAAAAACUCACGUCUGUGCUGAUUUUUAUCAAGCUGUAAAUUCACAAAACUGUAAUUUUGUAAAAUUAAAACAAGAGGACAGGGCAGUAGUGUCUGGUCAGUAAAACCAAAAGUGCUGUUUAUCAGGUGUGCUUUUAGCAUAGAAACAUCCCAUUCACUGACACGUGCUAGGUUUGGGUUGGUUUUUUAUUUUUUAAAUUUUAUUUAUUAUUUUUAUUUUGUCUCUUCCUGCCAUGAUUUUCUAUUUAGCAUUUUAACAUGACGUGCUUGUGAUGCAGGCGGCACGGUGGUGCAGCGGUUAGUACCAUCACCUCAGAGCAAGAAGGUUCUGGUUUUGAACCCAGUGCUUCCGUGCAAAGGCAAACUGCAGUAUCUGCAUAUUUUGUGAAAUUGAGUUUUGCGUCUGAAGUUUUGGUGACAUAUCUGUUCUAUUAUAUGUGAAAGUUCUGUAGCUCUACCUUGCUCCAGCUUCGAGUUCCAAGUGUUUGAAAUUUGCAGUAACUGCGAAUUUACCAUGUCAAACCAAGGCAAACUACCAUUUAUCUCAGUUCAGUGAUUCUGCAGAUACUGUAGGAUUCUGCAGAUACCUUUACAUGGCACAGUGGCCGGCGGGGGCCUUUCUGUGUGGAGUUUGCAUGUUCUGUCCGUGUCUGGGUGCUCCAGUUUCCCCCCACAGUCCACUUAGGUUAAGUGGCUACUCUAAAUUGCCCAUCGGUGUGAAUGUGUGUGUAAGUGCCCAGAAAGGGACUGGCCACCCUGCUGCUUCAAUUCUGGCCAAGUCAACCAAAUAUGGUUCUCCUCAAGCCCGGAUCAGGUUCGGCAGUGAUGAUAAUGAUGAUGCUUGUGAUGCAGAUCCAACAUAAACAGUUCUCAUUUAAAAAAAAAAUUGUUGUAGGUUGUAAAUAGGUGAAAAGGUAGGUAUAAAGAGACAGUUUUCAGGGUUACAUAGAAAUAUAUGAAUAUUCAUGUUUUUACAUGUUAAUUGUAAUGAAAUCAGUAUGUAGUAGAUGAUUUUCGGCAAGCAAUGUGCUGGUAUCUUGAAGUGGAGUCAGAACUGAUUCUUGAAAAUGCGAUUCUUCGUUUCCAGACUUUAAAAUACUACAAGUUUACAUGCAAAAGAGAAACCUGUUUCAGUUUUCAGAUCUACAGUGUGUGCGAGUCCACCAGAUUUUCAUACCAGAUGCUCAGAUUACGGAUUUUAAGUUAUACCUGCUGCAUUACACUACUAAGCCUCCAUAUGCAGGAAAUACAAACCAAAGUGAAAUUGGACCAAGGGAAGUUACUGUAAAUCUGACAUGAAAUCAUGUGCAAACAAGCCAAAAUGGUCCAUUUUCCAGCCACUGACUACAGAUGAAUCCAUCAGGAGACAAUUUUGACUGUAAAUUAUUGGCAAAUUUCCCAGAUUUGUUGAGCAACAGACCAAAAAUGCUGUUUGGAAGGUCAAGAAAACACGUGGUGAAAUAUUAGCACUGCCAAGCAAAUGUUGUGCGAAAACUGCACUCGCAUGAUCGACGCAUUUUCACGACAAAUCAAAAUGUCAUUCGCUGAUUUUUAUGGCAGAAGGAAGAUCGAUACUUGUCUCAGUCAUGGAUGAUAAAAGUGGUAAAUGUGUCCCAUAGGGGUGCUACUGAGGUGAUUUAUUCGUUGAUGGUUCCUGGAUCAGUGUGAGUAUGAAUGGGUGUCUGUGUCAGCCCUGUGAUGACCUGGCGACUUGUCCAGGGUGUACCCCGCCUUUUGCCCGUAGUCAGCUGGGAUAGGCUCCAGCUUGCCUGCGACCCUGUAGAACAGGAUAAAGCGGCUAGAGAUAAUGAGAUGAGAGGAGGUUACUAGAUCAGCCAGUGAAAAUGGUGCAAAAUUUUGCGUGCUUUUCAAUGCUGUUUCUACGCAUUCUAUAAACAGAGCGUCUGGUAUAAAAAAUCCCGUUGUGCGACACACAUGGAGUAAAUCUAAAUUUGGCAUGGUCGUGUGAAUACAUGUAAAUAUUCAUGUCUGGGGCUCACACAUGAGGGAUGCCAAAAACUCGCCAAGUCCAGUUCAUGCUGUAGCUGUAUUGCACAUUUUUACAAUAAUUAAAAAAAAUGCAUGAUGAUAUGAAGUGUAAACGAGGUCUGAUGUACAUUUGUCCCCAUGGAGAACUUCUCCACCGUGUCCUGAAGAAACCUCUGCAUUCUUCAGUACAUAUGUACUGUAUAUCUAUUUAUUCUCAGGUUCAUCUAGUAGAAAUGAACCUCCAGUAUGUUUGAGCUUUGCACACAAUAUUCCAUAUCUGACUUUUGACACCAGUGAUGUCUGUUUAUUCAUUAUUGAGGAGCGGCGACUAUAACUGCGAUGAAAAGAUCUCAUUGAUAUCCAGUGUUGAAUAUUCUGCUCAGUGACUGUAGUGUGUUUGUGAUUAGUGUGUACAUUACUCAAGAAAGACACGGUGUUGAACGUGGGUGUCAGUAAGCAGCUUGCGGUGUUUCAGUGAUGACAAUCUCACAUAUUUUAUACACACAAAAAAAAUCAGGCUGGACAGCUUAUGGCACUUUUAUUCUCAGGGAGUGCAUUUGGACUUACACAGACAACUCUCACUCCUGCAAUGCUGCAACUUGGUGUUUGUUUUAUUUUAAGGAUUACAGCACUGCACUUGCAUCGAGAAUCAGAAAUGAGAAAAAGGUCACAGGUCCAUGAGUCACAAGUCGAUGAACAUUUAUUCAAGACCUGCUGUUGCACUCUACUGUGAGCCAAAGGUCCUGACUGGGCCGCUUUCAGUGGUAUUACUGAUGUAUCUUUUAUCCUCUUGUGCCUUUUAAUAUGCUGUAAAUGGGUUUGUAUUAGAGGGAUUUUUUUUAUUUUAUUUUUAAUUAUCAUUUGAAUUUCCAGCCACAUGAUUGAGGAGUGCAUGCACACUUUCCAAAUGAUCCUGUGGUACAUGUAUGAGACCACCGCACAAUCCUUUUUUUAUGAUUAUGAAUUUUGGUAAAGCCUUAUGUAUGUUUUAUUUCUCUCUUUCUCUCUGGAUUUUUCUUUUUUUGUACUUUCCCUAAAUCCUCUUACAAUGCUUAAUCGUGUAAUGCUGCUGCACUUUAACUUCAGAGUCUGUCACGUCAGUCCACUUUGACAGACAGUGGUUAUAUGGAAUUAAACUGACCUGCCACGAUUUGUUUAUUAAUCAGGAGGACAUGUUAAGAGGGACCCAAAUAUCAUCUGGUUUUGGCCUUAAUGCUAAUAAUAAAAGAUCACACAAUACA